AGGCUCAUACGCGGAACUGUAUCCAGGAACGCAAGACAGCGAAACUACAGCGGAGCGGCCCUUUAACAUUUUAACUGCGCAACAACUCUUUUGGAGCGACAACACGUCUGACAGUCAACAGAAGACUCGACCAUGUCUAUGACGGUGAAAGCCUAUCUCCUUGGGAAGGACGACGCGCCGAAGGAAAUUCGUCGCUUUGCUGUGGACCAAGAUGUUUCAACGAGUUUUGAGUAUCUGAAUAGAAAGGUGGUUGAUGUUUUCUCCACCCUUCGGAAUGUCACCUACCAAAUGUUUUACAAAGAUGAGGACGGUGACAUGAUCGCUUUCUCAACUGACGAUGAGCUCAUGAUGGGCCUCACCUGCACCAAGGAUGACACCUUCCGCCUCUUCAUCAAGGAGAAAAAGGAACAUAGGCGUGACUUCCCGGCUUUUGCCUUCCCGGGUGGUGUCCCCCCUUUUGCCUUCCCCCCUCCCCCUGGAGGACCCCACAUGGGACCUCCCCCACCCCAAGGCCACGGCCACGGCCCGUCCCUGGUGCACCCCAAUGUGACCUGUGACGAAUGCAAUGGCCCUGUUUGGGGGACCCGUUUCAAGUGUACCGUGUGCCCUGAUUAUGACCUGUGCUCCCAGUGUCAGUCCAAGGGGCUCCACAAGGAGCAUGUCCUCCUGCCCAUCUUGCACCCCCUCAACAAUGCUUUUGAGUGGUUUCCUCGCGGGAAGUGGAUGCGGAAGAUGAGGCACUGUAUGUGGGCCCAGAACCAGGCCCAGAACCUUGCCCAGAACCAGGCCCAGAGCCAAGCCCAACCCGGUCCCUCUGGGUCCCAGCCAGACCAGGCGGCCCCAGGGAACAGCCAGCCCUCCUCUGAUGCGUCGUCUGACGCCUCCCAGCAGUCUCAGGCCAAUAUGGAUUAUCUGAAGAACAUUGGAGAAGGGGUGGCGGCCAUGCUUAGCCCACUGGGUAUCGACGUGGAUAUCGAUGUGGAGCACGAGGGGAAGAGGGCCAAGGUGAUCGUCCCGACUCCAGCCCCAUCCGGCUCAGGGGGCCCCCCCAGUGCCAGGAGUGACAGCGGCAGUAGGACUGGGGGGGUGGACGAGGCUGAGGCUAAAGAGGGAGACAUGGAGGUUGAGAUGGAUGGAAUAAGCAGCCUGGGAAGCGCCGGUGAUCUGGCUACGGGAGGUAAAGAGGCGGGAGGCAGCGGGGACGAGGAGUGGACCCACCUGACCUCCAAGGAGGUGGACCCCUCCACAGGGGAGCUCCAGUCUCUCCUGGUGGGCGAGGGGGUCUCUCUGGAAGCCUCGGGGUCCAUUGCCUCCCACCAGGCCCCCUCAAAGGACCCACCGAGGUCCCUCACUCUCGCCGAGGCCGCAGCCUACCCACAUCUCCCACAAGAUGCAGAUCCGCGUCUGGUGGAGUCCCUGUCCCAGAUGCUGUCCAUGGGCUUCACCGAUGAGGGCGGCUGGCUGACCCGGCUCCUUCAUGCCAAGGACUGCGACGUCGGGGCUGCCCUGGACACCAUCCACUACUCCAAACGCCCCCAGAAGUAGAGGGGCCACCAGUCCUAUGACCCUCCCUAUAAUAACCAUUUCACCAGAAUGAACUUCCUGUCUGUCCUUCUUGAUCUCACUUCUGGCAGUACUAGUUACUCAAGCAAUAAUGGUCAAUUAGAUAUGUAAUCCUGCUAUUUUAAGAAAUCCAUUGUUCUGCUGGCACUACUAGUCAGAUAUUUUAAAUUAUAACUAAAGGUGUUGUUCAACUACUGCUACAGAAACAUUUUACAUUCCAGAAGCAGAAAACAAUUAACAUUAGAAAAGUGGAUUAACAUCAAAUAAUCCAGUAACUGUUUUUACACCUAGUGUUAGUUGCCAGACCUAUAACCAGUGGUGUGAAUCAACCGUGUAAAUGUAAUCAGGUCAAGGAUGUGACUCAUGAUUGUCUUAACACAAACAUUUAUCCUCUAUUACCAAAUAAAAUACUUCUGCAAACUUA